CGCGCCGCCGCCGCCGGCACCGCCGCCGCGCAGGCCUCCAAUGUGCGCGUGGUGGUGCGCGUGCGGCCCGAGAACGAGCGAGAGAGCCAGGGCGGCUACCGGCUGGUGGUGCGUCCACUGGACGACCACAUGCUCAUCUUCGACCCGCGCCAGCAGGACGAGGACUUCUACUUCCAGGGCGUGCGCCAGCGGCAGCGCGACCUCAACAAGCGUGCCAGCAAGGACAUGCAGUACAUGUUCGACCGCGUGUUCCACCCGCACCACAGCAACCAGCAGCUGUUCGAGGCCACCACCAAAGACGUCAUCGACACGGUCAUCGACGGCUUCAACUGCUCCGUGUUCGCCUACGGCUCGACGGGCGCCGGGAAGACGCACACGAUGCUGGGCACCAGCUCGGAGCCGGGCAUCAUCUUCCUGACGGUGAUGGAGCUGUACUCGCGGAUCGCGGCCAUGGCCGACACGCGCUGUCAGGUGGCCGUCUCUUACGUGGAGGUGUACAACGAGACGGUGACGGACCUGCUGCAGCCGAGCGGGCCGCUGGACGUGCGCGAGGACGGACAGCGCGCCGUCGUCAUCGCCGGCCUGUCGCAGCAGACGCCCGACGGGCCCGAGCACCUGAUGGCCAUCCUGGCAGCCGGCAACCAGAGGCGCACCCAGCACCCCACCGACAUGAACGCCGAGAGCUCGCGAUCGCACGCCGUCUUCCAGGUGACGCUACGCCAGUCAGACGGCACGGCCGGCCUCUCGCAGGACGUGCGCGUCUCCAAGCUGUCUCUGAUCGACCUGGCCGGAUCCGAGCGCGGCUCGGCCACCGGACACAAGGGCGCCCGGUUCCGCGAGGGCGCCAACAUCAACCGCUCGCUGCUGGCGCUCGGCAGCUGCAUCAACGCGCUGGCCGACGGCAAGAAGUUCGUGCCGUACCGCGACUCCAAGCUGACCCGGCUGUUGAAGGACUCGAUCGGCGGCAACUGCAAGACGGUGAUGAUCGCCAACGUGACGCCGUCGGCGGCCAGCUUCGAGGACACGCACAACACGCUCAAGUACGCCGACCGCGCCAAGGCCAUCAAGACCAGGCUGCAGCGGAACGUGGUGUCGGUGGACAUGCACGUGGCCCAGUACGCCAAGGUGGUGGACGAGCUGCGCCAGGAGGUGACCGAGCUGCGCGCCCAGCUGGCAGAGCGGCCGGCCGCCGACCAGACGGCGCCGCCGCCGGCCGAGCCGCCCUUCGACGCGGCGCCCCGUCUGGAGCAGGCGCGCGGCGAGCUGGCCGCCGCCGUGCAGACGGCAGAGGCCGAGGCGGGCCGCGCGCCGGCCGGCCCCGCUACCGACCAGCUGGUCGACCAGCUGGAGAAGGAGCGCCAGCUGGACGAGUGUCGUUCCUCACUCUCAGUGCGCCAGCUGGACGAGUGUCGUUCCUCACUCUCAGUGGCUGUAGCAGUGUCUGCCGGCGGCCUGUCCGGUGGUGUCUGUCCGCCGGUGUCUGACGGCCCUGUCCGGUGUCUGACGGCCCUGUCCGGUGUCCGCCCGCAGCGCCAGCUGGACGAGUGUCGUUCCUCACUCUCAGUGCGCCAGCUGGACGAGUGUCGUUCCUCACUCUCAGUGCGCCAGCUGGACGAGUGUCGUUCCUCACUCUCAGUGCGCCAGCUGGACGAGUGCCGCGUGCACGCCGCCCACCUGGAGACGUUCUCGCGUCUGCUGCAGCUCGAGCUGGCCAGCUCGGACCAUCUGCUGGCCCAGCUGAUCGGCGCCGUCCGCGAACAGCACCGCGUGCUCACCUACAUGAAGUUCGUGACGCCCGAGCUGGAGGCCCAGUACAAGGAGGUGGUGGGCCUGGUGGAGGGCCAGAAGGAAGUGUGCUGGGCGGACCAGCAGCAGCCGGCCGCCGACAGUCCGGGCCAGCCCAGCUACGACGUGACGGCGCUGCUGCGACUGGCAGACACCACCUACCGGCCGGCCGAGCCGCUGCGGCAGGCCACCGGCGGCCUGCUGCUCAGCGCGCCCGCGCCCGCCCCCGCGCACCCCGUGUUCUUCGACGCGGAGCCCGGCCCGGAGACGCCGCGGCCGGGCGGCCCACCGGAGGCGGACGCAGUGGCCGAGACAGAGACCAGCCCGGGCCCGGUGCAGGCGGACAGGGACCUGGCUGAGGAGGCCGUCACAGUGCCCUCGCCGCGCGAGCCGGGCCCGCACCGGGCCCAGUCUCCUGCCGCAGAGCCGGCCGCACCGCGGACGGACGCUACCGUGUCGAUCACACCGCAAACAGGCACUGCAGGGUCGGUCACACCGCAGACAGAGACUUUAGAGCCGGCCACACCGCAGACAGAGACUGCAAGACCGGCGACACCACAGACAGAGACUGCAAGACCGGCGACACUGCAGGCAGAGACUGCAGGGCCAGUCACACCGCGGACAGACGCCGCGGUGUCGAUCACGCCGCAGACAGAGACUGCGGAGCCGGCCACGCAGCAGGUGAGCGGCGGCGAGUCGGAGCGGCCGGACACGCUGCCGGCCGGCCGGCGCCACAGUCCCGCCGGGGACGGUCCCCGGGUGCCGGCCGGGCGCGCUGACAGUCCGCCGGCCGGCCGGCGUCACAGUCCCGCCGGGGACGGUACCCGGGUGUCGGCCGGGCGCGCUGACAGUCCGCCGGCGCCCCCCGGCAGUCCCGCCGCGGCCGGCGGCACACCGGCCACCGAGCCGAGACGACCGGAGGCGGGCGCGCGCCACUCCGUCUCACCCAAUCUGAACACCACCAUCACCAUGUCGCCCUCCGAGAGCAGGCUGGCGUCACCGAACGUGGACCUGGGCGCCACCGUCGCCGGCCCGGCGCCGCCGGCCUCGCGGAAGGCGCCGGCCGCAAGUCGGCCUCGCCCGACCUGA